AUGCACAUCUCAAAAAAGCUCGCGCAGGCUCACCAAAGCAACAAGCCUACCUUUUCCUUUGAAUUCUUUCCUCCCAAAACAGCCCAAGGCGUUCAAAAUCUCUACGACCGCAUGGACCGCAUGCAUGACCUUGGACCGGCGUUUAUUGACAUUACUUGGGGCGCAGGCGGAAGACACUCUCAGUUGACGUGUGAAAUGGUCAACGCUGCCCAAAGUCACUAUGGGCUUGAAACAUGCAUGCACUUGACAUGCACGGAUAUGGAGCGAACUCAAGUUGACGACGCCCUACGCCGGGCGUACAAGGCCGGCUGCACAAAUAUACUGGCGCUCCGAGGCGAUCCGCCCCGGGACCAAGAAAAAUGGGAAGUAAAGGAGGGAGGUUUCCGAUAUGCAAGGGACCUCGUCAAAUACAUCAGGACAGAAUACGGCGACCACUUUGAUAUCGGUGUCGCCGGUUAUCCCGAGGGCUGCGACGACCAUCGGGACGUGGACAUGCUAAUCGACCAUCUGAAGGAGAAGGUGGACGCCGGAGCGACUUUCGUAGUUACCCAGAUGUUCUACGACGUAGACAUAUUCCUAGACUGGGUAAAGAAAUGCCGCGACCGAGGUAUCAACAUUCCGAUCAUUCCUGGUAUCAUGCCAAUCCACACUCACGCCGCCUUCCUGAGGCGAGCCAACUGGACAAAAUGCCACAUCCCCGAAGACUGGUACAAAGCACUUGAGCCGGUCAAGAACGACGAUGCCGCUGUCCGAGCAGUCGGAAAAGAGCUGGUGGCUGAGAUGUGUCGGAAAAUCCUCGACGCAGGAAUUCUGCACCUUCACUUUUACACCAUGAACCUCGCUCAAGCCACACGCAUGGUUCUAGAGGAUUUGUCUAUCACCCCAUCAACUUCUGGGUUGGCUCUAGAGAAACCUCUGCCCUGGCGGAAGUCGCUGGGUCUCAACCGAAGAGACGAGACGGUCCGACCAAUCUUUUGGAGGAACCGCAACACCUCGUACAUCACAAGAACGGCGGACUGGGACGAAUUUCCCAACGGACGGUGGGGCGACAGUAGAUCUCCUGCCUUUGGCGAAUUGGAUGCUUACGGCAUUGGUUUGAAAGGCACAAACGAGGCCAACAUCAAGCUGUGGGGAAAGCCCAAGUCUCUGCGCGAGGUCACAUCUCUGUUCGUCCGCUAUCUCCAGGGCGACCUCGACCGGUUACCGUGGAGCGAAGGCGCCAUCUCCACAGAGGCCGAGUCCAUCAAAGACGACCUGUUGAGUCUGAACAAGCGCGGCUUCCUCACCAUCAACUCCCAGCCAGCAAUCGACGGCGCUUCUUCCACGCAUCCAGUCCAUGGCUGGGGACCUGUGGGCGGCUGGGUGUACCAGAAAGCAUAUCUUGAGCUGCUUGUCUUCCCUUCUAUUUUCAAGACAGUCAUCGAAAGACUCGACGCCAACAAGAACCUCACUUACUAUGCCGUGAACCAGAAAGGAGAGCUACUCACCAACACCAAGGACGAAGGCCCCAACGCUGUCACGUGGGGUAUCUUCCCGAACCGAGAGAUCGUCCAGCCAACAAUCGUGGAAACAGUGUCUUUCUUGGCUUGGAAGGACGAAGCGUUCCGCCUCGGUCAAGAUUGGUCGAAAUGCUAUCCAGCCGGCUCAAGCAGCAGGAAGCUGAUCGAGACUAUCAUGGGCGAAUGCUAUCUUGUCAACAUUGUCAACAACGACUUCCAUCAGACCCAUGAGAUUUUCAAGGUGUUCGAGGGACUUGAGGCCAGGGACCUCGACUUGGUCUUCGAAGGCACUGAAGCAAGCGAUCACGCAAAUGGGACCUACGGGACCAGAGAAGUGCUGAACGGUGACGCCCCCGUUGCAGAGGUGGAGAAGAGCAUUGCGAAUGGAGAGGAACGCAAGGUGCCAUUCCCGACAAACGGAGUUGCGCUCAAGAGUUGA